CAGGAGGGCGCUGGCAGCUCCAUGGAGCCCACCCUUGACCGUGGGCAGCCCUGCCCUGCCCGCAGCCGCUGCUCCCGUUAGCGCUGCCGCAGGGAGAUGCGAACCAGGGACUAGAGCCGGGGCCUGGCCGCUGAUGGGGUUGGGACGAAGGGGACAGCAUGGAUCCGGAUGCCCCCGAGGUGUAGGACGCCCCGGGGCUGGAGGAGGAGAGGACCCGGCUUUAGCUCCUGCCCCAUGCUCCAUCCCCGCUGGUGCCCGGCUCUCACCCGGCUCUGUCCUCGGCCGCCGGAGGAAGGAGGGGACCGGCUGCGCCCUGGGGAUGCGCCGGCGGGGAGGGCGGCUCUGAGGCUUGCGGACACCGUUUCAUGCCGUGCCCGCGGGGCUUCCAGGAGCACCAUGCAGCCCAUCAGCCUGCAGAACCUCUCCAUAUGUUUCCAGCUCCUCAUGUUCUCCUGUCAGACACAGGGGCAGAAUCAACCGUCUCCUAAUUUUAACCAGUACGUGAGGGACCAGGGCGCCGUGAGCGACCAGCUGAGCCGCCGCCAGGUCAGGGAGUACCAGCUCUACAGCCGGACCAGCGGCAAGCACGUCCAGGUCACCGGCAAGCGCAUCACCGCCACCGCCGAGGACGGCAACAAGUUUGCCAAGCUCAUUGUGGAGACAGACACCUUCGGGAGCCGCGUCCGCAUCAAGGGGGCCGAGAGCGAGAAGUACAUCUGCAUGAGCAAGCGGGGCAAGCUCAUUGGGAAGCCUAACGGCAAGAGCAAGGACUGCAUCUUCACGGAGAUCGUGCUGGAGAACAACUACACGGCCUUCCAGAACGCGCGCUACGAGGGCUGGUUCAUGGCCUUCACGCGCCGGGGCCGGCCCCGCAAGGCCUCCCGCAGCCGGCAGAACCAGCGCGAAGCCCACUUCAUCAAGCGCCUCUACCGGGGGCCCUUGCCCUUCCCCAACGCCGAGCGCCAGAAGCAGUUCGAGUUCGUGGGCUCGUCCUCCCGCCGCACCCGCGCCCCCCGUGCCCGCACGUGA